AAGUUAAACUUGUGAAAGUGAAACGUAAGACUCCAGAGGACUCCCAAUCUUGUGCAACUGCAGCCCGCAAUUCGGGGCGUUUAUGCCUGUGGGGAAUCCUGCACCGUUUCUUCCUCUUUUGGAAAGUCCCUGAAAUGUAGACAGCCUCCUUUUCAUAAGACAAGGAUAGAUUGUUUCAUUUUUACUCUGGUUGUUUUCCUAAACGGAGAGACAUACCGUGCAUCUGGAUCAUUUGCAGGAGUCUUUCCUACCAAACCUCCUGGGUGUCAUCAUGAGUGUGGUAACAUCCAGUCUAUCAGGUGAUCAGGAGAAGAAGCUGCUUUCUCUGUUCGGCCAUGUCAGACUCAGUCUGCUCUACAAAGCCAGUGUCCAAGGCUACACGGCAGCUGCCUUUCACGCACGCUGCAACAGCCAGGGACCCACUGUAGUCGCUGCCUACAACAAGGCUGGCUUCCUGUUCGGAGCCUACACCAGCAAAGACUACACUCAGAAUGGACAGCCUAUUAAUGACGACAAAGCCUUCCUCUACAGCAUCAACGACGAAAGAAAAAAUCCACUGCGUGUGUCUAGUGCCAAUGGCCAGUAUGGUUUCACAGAUGAAAACACUGGCCCGAAUUUUGGUGCCUUGGUGUUUCUGUUCAAUGACACAGCUACAGUCCAAUAUAACGCAGGGAACAGCUACAACUUUGAUGCAGCACAUAUGCAUGGCGACGACCUGCAGCUGACUGAAUGUGAGGUGUACAGAGUGGAGGACUUGGGAGGUUGUUUGACAAAGCCUUGGAGAAACAUGCAGUGGACCUCUGAGAGGAAACGGCAGUUGAAGGAGAAAAUCAAGAACUAUAAGCCUGAUGUCAAGUCAGUGAGUCAGGCCAGGGUUCUCCUCGUGGGUCCUGUUGGGGCUGGCAAGUCCAGCUUCUUCAACUCUGUCAACUCUAUCUUCAGAGGAAACAUGACUAGUCAGGCCAUAUGUGGCAGCGCAGGCACAAGCCUGACCACCCAGUUCCGUACCUUCAACAUCAAGUCGGGGAAGAGUGGUGAGCCUAUACCCCUGAUCCUGUGUGACACUAUGGGACUGGAGGAGGCGUCAGGAGCUGGCUUGGAUAUGGAGGACAUAGUCAACAUUUACAAAGGCCAUGUUCAGGACCGUUACCAGUUUAAUCCCAUGACGCCCUUGAGUGAAGAUGUACCUGGGUAUCGUAAGCAUGUCAGUCUGAAGGAUCAGAUCCACUGUGUAGUGUACGUGGUGGACGCCUGCAGAGUCUCUCUGAUGUCUGCCAAAAUUGUGGAGAAGUUUGCCACCAUUCGCAAGAAGACCAAUCAGAUAGGUAUUCCCCAACUGAUGUUAAUGACCAAAGUGGACGAGGCCUGCCCCCUAGUGUCAGAAGAGCUGCAGAAUGUUUAUACGAGCCAUUACAUACAAAGGAAGAUCCAGGAGUUGAGUGCAUCCCUGGGCAUUCCUGUGUCCGGUAUUCUGCCAGUGAAAAACUACAGCCAGGAGCUGGAGCUGAAUCAGAACACUGAUAUCCUGCUACUCAGUGCUCUGGAUCAGAUGUUGAACUAUGCUGACAGCUUCUUCGAAAACCAGCCUGAACAGGAAGAGCUCUAACCCUCUUCACAGUCCCACUGUCAAGUGUCAAUACUCUGAAGACAAAAAUGUUUUUUUUGCAAUCCCAUAUUAUUUUGUAACUGUGCAAGAUAUCCAUAUUUAUUUUGGUACAUGUUAUCAUGCAAGUGGACAUUAUCAUUAUUUUUUGUGGAUAUUAUAACACGUUGCUCAUUCUUACUGCUAUUUUAACUGAGAAUUUUUUUUGUGACCUUUUCACGUGACAUGAAAAACACCUGGCCCUAAUGUUCCUUUAACAUCUUAAAUCAGUUUGUGAUAGAGCUUUGAUGUGACAGUGCAAAGCAAAUUCAAGGUCGCAUUUGCCUUCUUUCAAGCAGUAGUAACGUACAUAAACAAUGCAUGCAUGUACCAAUGCAAACGGACUGUUCCCCAAUUGAAUAAAGGGUUAAAGGGAACGGGGUGGGGCCUAGUGAAUAAUCUUCUGACAAAGCAACUCUACCUGUGUACUUUUCGAAGCGUUUGUAUGCAAGCGCCCCAGAGCACAGUAAAGUUGCAUCACUGUAAUUUGAAAGCAUUGUUUAUGUAGAGAGUUUUACCGUAAUAUCGUAUGGUAUUAAUUCUAUUCUUGGUAACGCUUUAGGCUUGGGUGAUGACACAGUGCACUGCAUAUUGUUGGUUGAUUGACAAAUUGAGUUGUUGUCCAGAGGACGAAAUAUUGCCUUUCUAUGGCUCCUGUCACCAUAUUCACUGAACUAGGAUAAGACGCAACAUGACUAAUUCAUAGUGCCACAGUGUGUGCAUUCAAAAACAAUAAACAUAAAACAUGAGAUAAACAGUGAGACAAAGAGAGGUGCGUUUUGAAGCCACCUGGUGGCAUUGCGAAAAGGUUACUAUACUGCAAUAGUUUGGAGUCCUUGGAGUUACUACUGUAAAUUGGUAAGAAAACAAAAACACUGUACUGAAAGGACUUAUUUGACAGGUGUUGUCAAGUUGGUGUCUCCGCAUGGUAUGUAAUUAUAUUUCACACAUUCUAAAACAAAAAAAUCAUCUCUCACAGAUGCAUGUGCAAAUAUGUACACACACACACACAGGUAGUUUCACAUUUGUGGUCAUUUGUUUUAUAUAUAAUGUUUCCUAUAUUGUUCAAUACAUUGAUCCAAUCUCAUUUCCUGCUGUGCAUUAUUGAGAUGUUACAUGCUGUACGAAUAAUAAAGAUGACAAAUAAAAGUUU